CCAGGAAGAGUGGUGAAAUGUCCAGGGUGGUGGUGAAAUGCCCAGGAAGGGUGGUGAAAUGUUAACGGGUGACAAAGAGAAGGUGGGACUUAAAAACCAACUUCUGUUUUGCCCCCAUCUUGCCCAGAAAGGGGAACUGUGUGUGUAAUCUUGCAUAAGCAAUAGAGCCAGUGAGGAGUCAGGAUUGCAGUCCAAGACUGAUAAGGACAAGAAACGCCUUCAAGAAUUUGGAGUUGGGUGAAUUGCAUCCUAGGGACAUCCAAGGAACCUCCCCACGUUCCCUCUGAACCUCUGCCUGUCUCGUCUCUGAGAAAGCCCAUAAACAGGGACCUUUAAGUCGCCACAGAGCCAGAGCAGAGGAGGACAAAGGGGCCUGUCAAGAGAGCUAAGGAGCAUGUGGGGACGUUGACCUGACCCAUCCAACCUCGUUGGCCUUUGGCAGCAGCAAAAAUUUGGAAAACAUGAUUCCCGGAGAGAACAUUUGCUGAGAAAGGGCAGGCAAGUCCCCCCCCCCCAAAAAAAAACUGCACACAAACAGUGUAGCUAUCUAAAGAGCAAAGAUCGAAGCACUUCGCUCAGAGAAAGUUGUUUUGCAUUGCAAGAGAGGACGAGAGCCUGGCCAGGCACUUUUGCAGCAACAGAUAGGUGUGCAUUGCCUGUGGCACCUGUCAGAGAAAGACCCCAAUUCUCCUCUAAUGUGAAUUAAAGGAAAGGUGAAUCUCAGGGGUUGUGCCUGCACACACGCUGCUGUCCUUGGGAGUGUGGCUUUUGCCAAGGAACGCCCUGCCAGAUACUGCCUCCACGUUGCAAUGGCGCAACAGCACGGCGACGCUCCAAAUCCCGCUGUGCCCAGUUCUGCACUGGGACCCGAACAGGUUAAACUCCUUUUGGCCGCAAGCAAAGAAGCCAAGCGGUUUGCCUACUGCCCCUACAGCAACUACCCGGUGGGAGCUGCCCUCCUGACCUCCGAUGGGAAGAUCUUCUCUGGUUGCAACAUUGAAAAUGCAUGUUACCCGCUGGGCGUGUGUGCUGAGCGUACGGCAAUCCAGAAGGCAGUCUCAGAAGGGCAUACAAAAUUUCGAGCUAUAGCUAUUAUUUGCAACAGCCAAGAAACGUUCGCGGUGCCCUGCGGGGCUUGCAGACAAGUGCUCAGAGAGUUCGGCAAACAUUGGGAAAUCUUCUUGGCCAAGGCAGAUGGGACACACAUUCAGAAGACUUUGGAGGACCUGCUGCCUUUCCCCUUUGGACCAGAAGACCUGAAGAUGGUCUGAAGACACAAGAAACAAGAAUCAACCCACAGAGGCUUUGGUGACCUUUAUGCUCCCUGCAUGAGGACAGAGUCCUUUUAUAUAUAUCAAAACUAUUGCAGAUUCAGAUAUUCAGUUCAAAUGUUAUUCCUUUCAGGGAGGGAGCUGCUUUGGAAGUCACUCAGCUAAGAGCAAUAGUUAUGAGAGCAAGGAAUGGUAGAGCAUGAGACUCUUAAUCGCAGGGCCAUGGGUUUGAGCCACACCUUGGGUGAAAGAUUCCUGCAUUGCAGGGGUUGGACUAGAUGACCCUCGGUGUCCCUUCCAACUUCCAAUUCUAUGAAAUCUUUUUGCAGCUUAAUGCCCUGCUUUGCAGAAGUGGCUUCCCCCAUGAACUCUCCGCUAAAAAAGGCUUAAUCUCAAUAUCUGCAUUGCUAGUAUGCACUGGUCCAGGUGGAAGAUGGAAAGAUGCAUUAGACCAGGCAUCCCCAAACUUCGGCCCUCCAGAUGUUUUGGACUACAAUUCCCAUCUUCCCCGGCCACUGGUCCUGUUAGCUAGGGAUCAUGGGAGUUGUAGGCCAAAACAUCUGGAGGGCCAUAGUUUGGGGAUGCCUGCCUUAGACCAAAUCAGGCCAUUGGUCUAUCUAGCUCAGAACCGUCUAGACUCUACACUGACUGGCAGCGGCUUGCCGAGGCUUCAGACUUUUUCAGCCCUACUUGGAGAUGCUGGGGAUUGAAACUGCAUGCCAAGCAGAUGCUCUACCAUAGCUUCUUUAGGAGAAACUAUGGUCCUUCUCCAAAUAAAUAAAAAAGAUCCCAGUCCUCACGGUUCUUAAUAAAGGGUUGAUUUAAAUAGGAACAUCUAGCUUAGUUUUGUUUCAAGCUCUGUCACAAGAUUUCAGAUGGCCCUACCUGGAGAUGCCAGGAAUUAAACCUGGGAUCUUCUGCAAGCAAAGCAGAUGCUUCUCAGCUGGGGUGCAGCUCUUCCCCAGAAUAUGUUGAAAAGGCUGGGGAGGAGGACGACUUCCAGGGCUGUGGUCUCAACCCUUAUGUCUAGAAUUCUAGACAAUCAUUUUCCAAAAAAGGGUCUUUUCUUUUUUCUGUGACACCCCACUCUUUCUUACAUGAAUCAGAAAACAGUCACGGUCAACAGACUUACAAUCUCAAAGCUAUGGAACACAAGGAAAAAGGGAUGGGGAGGAAGAAAUGAAGUGCCCGAACACCAGCUCUCAAAGCCGCAGUUUUAAAAGGUGUGCGUCUGGACUCUGAACCCAUAUUUUGUUUAAGUGGUUUCCCGCUUGCCGUUCUUAACCUGUAUAUUUGCUUUUGUCAAGAUAAUUUUGUGUGUUUUACUCACGUACAGGGAGGGAAAUGUUUUUGUUGCAAUAUUAAAAGAGUGAAACUUGACAAAUAACUCCAUGCCUGGCUUUAUUCAAGGACGGUUUGUAAAGAGUCAUUCUUGCACGUAUAUGAUUAUGUGAAUCAUUUUUGAGAGGAAAUUAGAGGGCAAUGGGGAAUCUAAUAGAUAAAUAAGAUUUGUAUGUUUUUAUAAGGGGAAAAAUUGAAUUGUUUUAGAGUGAAUAAUGAAUUCAAAAAGUUGUACUUUUAUAAUAAAUUGGAAGCUGUAUAUUUUGGGAUAAAAAUGGGCUUGGAAAGGAGGGGACGGGGAAGUCGGAAUUGGUUAUAAUUAUGGGAUAUAAAUUAGAUUGUUUAUUUUUCUUUUUUUCUUUUUUUGAAGUGUUUUCUUUUGUGUGUGUGUUUUUUCCCUUCUCUCUUUUUGUUUUUCUGUUUUUUCUUCUAUAUUGGCUAUAUAAAAUUGUUUUUCUUUUAUUCUGUAUGAAAAAAACCUUUCAAUAAAUAUAUUUUAAAAAAAUCUUGCACGUAUAUAGCCUUUAUAAUAUUUGGGAAAUCAGCACAGGACAGAGUUCUGAAACAUCCAGAGGGCACCAGGUUGGGGAAGGCUGCCGUAACGUGCA